AUGUCGUCGGCAGCGACAACAGAAGCGUCCGCGCCCAACGCUUCCACCACGACCGACAACCCCGCACCCACCUCUAAACCCACCACCGAUGCGCCCUCGUACACCUCCGACGUCUCCCCUCCCGCCUACAGCGAUGCAGCACCUACCUACGACCUCGCAGCACCUCCUUCCACCUCGGACCCGUCCACCACCCCCGCCGACGCCCCCGAUGCCGCAAACCAAACCUCCGCCUCCUCCGCCACCGCCAGCGCACCCAUGAACCUCGAAGAAGGCACAGAGCUCGACGCGACGCCAAUCCCCUUCCACUUCCUUAUCCAGAGCAGCACCUCCGCGGACUCGUCGUCGUCAUCACAAAACACACCCACGACGACCACCACGAAGAAGAUCACCCACACCCACCCGGUGCCGGACAUACUCCUCGGCCCCUCCCCGCCCGCAGAAGCCCAAGACCUAUUCGUCGACGUGCUCAGCGACGCGCUGGGCGCGCACCAAGAAGAGUGCCGGGCCGCGGCGCCGCAGGCGUGCGACAUCUGCGGCGAAGAAGCCGCGAGCGUGCUACUGACGCCCAUCAGCUUCCUGCACGUCGACGAGAACCAGCCGCCCGAGUACAACGAGAGCGAGGUGGUCGACGAGGAGGAGGCGGACGUUGUCGACGAUGCGAACAGCAACAACCCGCUAGCCCGCCGCCUCGGCAGGCGCGUCGAGGUGCUCGUCACGCCCGUGUGCGCGCGCGACAACUGCGGGCAGCUGGCGCGCAAGCGGCUGCGCUGCGCGAUGGAGGACACGCAUAAUGAUCACGAGCACGAAGAGCGCGUGACGGUCGCCCUGCCGCAGGGCCCCGAGGACCCGCGGUGCAAGGUUUGUGGCACCAAUCCGCCGGAUGGAGGGGCGAAGAAGUGCGCGGGAUGUGGGGUCGUGAGGUACUGUGGGAGGGAGUGCCAGCGGAAGGAUUGGAGGGCCGGGCACAAGAGGUUGUGCGCGACUUAUGCGGAGCUGGUGGAGGAUGGGCGGAUGGAGGAGGUGGUGGGCAUGGAAGAGGUGGUGCAGAGGACGUUGGGUGGGCAGGGGGCCCCGGCGUGA